UUCUCUUCCUCUCUGUUUUCCGCCGCCGCCACUCUCAAAACACACCACAGAUCUGGAUCGAUCAUGGCUUGUGAUGUUGAUGAUCUUCAGCAUAAACAGCAAGACACUCAGCAUUAUGAUAUAUUCUCUCAAUCAUAAGUUGUUGCUCCUGGUCCUGUAUUGUUUUUCUCAAACCUUGAUUCAGUUAAGUUGGGAUCUUUAAUUUGAAUGCAAGUUUAAUUUCAGUAGCUAAGAAACGAAACAUUGUUGAACUGGAUGCUAGAUCUUACACAUUUCAAGUAGUAUUACCCAAUAAAGUGAGUGUUAUUGUUAAGUUAGAAAGGUCAAGAGACGCAGCAGUAUUAUCAGUCCAAGAAUUCAAGACUCUGGUGAGAGCAGAGUAUGAGUAUUUGAGAUCGAUCAUGGGUGUCUCUUCUGUGAAGAAUAGAAGAAAGAUCUUUUGGUCAAGCCCAAAUCUGUGUUUCAAAUAUCACGGUCUCAAACUAUUCAAGCUAUUCUUGUGUUUGUUUGAACAUGAGAAAAUGCACAACUUAAUACUUGAUGAUGGACAGAUGAGUCUUGGGAUGGAUGUAGAGAUUCCAAGGUUUUGCCCUGGCCUUGCUAUUCAAGAGCGUCGUGGUACUGUUAUCAUAGGCCUGCCUUUGACGAGAGGAAGGAUAGCAUUUGGAUCAGACACCCGCUGCACUUACAAAAAUGGGUUAUUGGUGAAGCUGAAAUCAGGGGUCGAAUAUCAGAGCCCCAAACUGCUCAGGGUGGAUGCAAAUGUGUCGAUGGCUACUUGUGGUGAUGAGAGUUUUAACUUGAUGGUGUACCAGGAGGUGGCCAGAAAAUCAAUGACCGAAAUGCGUACAACAGACGGAUUAGCAUCUCUAGUCGAGAAAACCAUGGGCGCAUACUACCGUGAUUCCAUCAAAUCAGUUCUUUUUAAACUCUGAGGCCUGCCCAGAUGUAUUGUUUUUUCUCCAGCACCCAAAGUUGCUCCUUGUUUUGCCAAAGUGAUUGCAGUAAGUUUAUCACACUAAGGCAAUGAAUGAAUUUAAUUUCCUCAAACUUCUGCUUUACCUUCUGCCAUCUUGCUCUGAUAUACCAAGGUACUUCUCCAUUACUGAAACGAUCAAUAACUAGCUUUAAGUCAGACUGAAUUAUUACCUUAUUGCAUUCCAUAGAGAUAGCCAUUCAAGAGCACACAGAACUGCAUAUUCUCCAGCUAUAGCUUUGUCUGCCACUCCCACACCACCUGUUAGAGUACCUAGUACCUGGCUUUUAUAGUUCCUAGCAAUCACUCCAAUACCAGCAUUUCCUGGAUUCCCAAAGGAAAUUCCAGCACAACAAAGUAGUAUAUAACCUUCUGCAGGAGCUGACCAGAAUGAUUCAUUAAUAUAAUGAAAUUUAAUACCUCUAUCACCAAUUUUAAAGAAGUAUAUCACUCGAGAAUCACAAUCCUGUCCCCAUUUAUUUCCUUUCAUUCUAUAACUUCCUUCCUGAACAAAUUUUUAUAUCUUAUUAUUUUGAUGAAUGAUUGAUUAUUGCUAAUCUAAUCGAUUGAUGUUUUAUUUACGUGAUUCUUCUUGUACUAGGAUUGUGUGAAUUUUUUAUUAUUAGUGUACUUUGUACACAAAGAGCUUAUUCAGGAACAUAAGUUGUUCGUACUAUUGCCUCUUUCAAUCCAUCUAUACAUUUUCUAUAUAUUUGGUUGCCAUAUAGGAAGCGAGCUCAGUGAUCUUUCCCUUUUGAAUAAUAAAUAUAAGAGUCUAAUUUAUUCUCACCAUGUUUUUCGAUUGCAACCUUUAUGUACUGAUCAGAAGUUUUUAGAAGGCCUCUCUUUUUUUCCCUCCUGAAAUAGGCGUAAGUGUUUUUGAGGUUUUCUAUUGGAACAGUAAUUUUGGGUACCAACCUCUGAAUUUUGAUUUCUUGAGAUUAUUGAUGGAUGGGUAUUUUGAUUUCUUUUGCGUUAUGGCUCAUUUUGAUAUAGAUGCUUAAUUGAAAGUACUACUACUGAAUUAGUGAAUACCUAUUAGAAAUUUAGAAUGCUUUGCAAUUUCGACAUGUAUGGUUGAUUUAUGAUUGACUUUGCCAAGUAAAUAUGGCACGAUACUUCCUUAGCUAGUUUUAAUGUCAUCUUAUUGAUAGUGUGUAAUACUGUGUAUGGAAUGGAACUGUGCAUGGUUGUGAAUCUUGUGACUCAGGUUUGUUUUGAUCUAUCGGGGUUUGUACAUGUUGAAUAUGAAAUUAGAGUUGUCCUGGUUAUGUAAAUUAUGUAUAAUGUAGAUUUAGCUGAAAUGAUAUUACAACAUAAGCUAGUUGUGCAGGUGUUGUUGUUGUGAAGUUGAAAGUUGAAAGUUUUUCAGAUGUUACACUUUAGCUGAUUUCAAAUGUUCUGACUUGCUUUCUUUAAAUCGAGAUAUGAGAGGGUUUCUGAAAGUAAAUGCUUGUUCUUAUGCUCACCAUUAGGCAUAAUGCAUGUAACAUAUUGCAGUCCGCUUCACUUUUUUUGAUUAACCACAAUAUAUAUUUU